AUGCGGCAACUCGAUUUCGCAAUGUUAUUGAGAUUGUCUGCGUUGCUUCUGAGCAACUUGACCAUGUCAUUUGGAUAUGAAAUCAAGCAACUGUGGCACAACUUCGUCUACAAUGGGCAAAUAGCCGAUUUUGGGGAUUAUGAUGGCAACGGUCAACUUGAUGCUAUAUCUUAUUAUACCAAGGGCCAUACAACGACUGUAUGUAUAUAUACGGUAUCGAAUGAUUCUGGUAGGAGUGAACCGCUGGAAACUGUUGAGAUUCAGGGAACUGUUGAAGGUGUAGUCGGCGUUGAUAUAAACAUGGACAGUGCACUGGAUAUCCUAGUCAUUUUGAAGGAGUCCAAAGAUAAAUAUCGCAUGCUAGCGUUGUACCAGGACAAGGCCACUGGACGUCUAGGUAAUGGUUGGAAUUCUACUGGUGAGAUUAACCCAAACAACAUUGGCGACAUAAACGGUGAUGAUGGAAAUCAACGUCAUGUGAUGAAGAGCGGGGAAUAUGAGUACACAUCAAUGUAUCCUCUAGUGUUAGAUAUAAAUGGUGAUGGAUACGUCGAUAUUUUGUGCCAAACUCAAACUAAAAAGUUAUUUGUGUGGACAAACCAAGGAAAUGCCUUGCUUCCUUUUCUUUUAGAACACGUACCUUUCUGUCGUUUUGAUGGUCUUGUACGUGGCUACAUACCUUCUCCACACUCUUCGGCUUUCGUGGACAUCGAUGGCGAUUGUAGAGCGGAUUUGGUACUUUUAGUGCAAUACGAAGAUAACCAAUUUCUGCAGAUUUGGCAGUCCACGGCCAACAAAAACCAUAUGUCAUACGUCAGAAAACCAGAUAUGGAUAUACAAUUGCCAAAAUACCAUGGUCAGGUGUCAUUUGUUGAUAUAGAUGGUGACGGAACGAUAGAUAUUGCUGUUCCUUAUUGCACAAAAGUGGACACGAAAGGUGCCUGUGUGGAGGGGUGUGGUGUAGCCAUGACGUUCAAUCAUCAGAAGCCGUUUUGUUCGUAUAUUUGGAAUAACCCUAACAGCGAUAUGUGUAGGAAAGCAACUGAGCUGUGUAGUAAGUCGGAAUUUAAUUUUAAACCUUUGCAUAACACACCACCGGUGUCAAUUUCAUUACCACAAGAUUUCCAAUUCGAAUGGAGCGAAAAACACCCAACCACGCUUUCGUUUGGAGAUCUCAACAAUAACGGAUAUCCCGACCUGAUUGUUUUGGCCCGAGAUCGAAGGAACUCAAAACCAGUCGUUAUGGUGUAUGAAAACCUGGAGAACAAGGAACCUUCCGAAACCUACACGAGACGCUUUGAACUAUCAGCCAGGAUUGAUGUUACGGAUCUGGAAUUACACGAACUUCGUAUAACGGCCAUCGACCUUUUUGAAGAUGGAAUAACGGAGAUUGGUAUUUUUGCGUCAAAAGGUUCUGCUCAUAGUGAUGCAAUUGGUAGAUUCUACACCGUUGUGAAUGAAUCAAUAGGUUUAUUCAUGAAAGCAAUGGUCAAAGGAAUAUCGCACGGUGAGACUCCAUCGUCAGUAAAUGUUUUGUCUACUGGUUCUAACGUGAAUGGCGCAGUGUUCAAGAUCACGGUGAUUGACGUCUACGGUGCAAAGUCGCCACGCUGUUCGACCAUAAGACCACAGUCAGCGCAUUCACCGCUACUACCACCUUAUUCCAUGUUCGGACUGGGCAAAACAAAUAACUAUGUAGAAGAAUUUUACCUGGGUAUGCCGAGCAAGUCAGAAAACUACAGCAACAUGUGGAUCUCUAUCAUUCCCAACUGCAGUGUUGUGGCCAUUCCACAUAGGCUAUCCUAUCCGAACGAGUGGACUUUGAAGCUAUCGUUGAGCCCAUCCAAGGAUAUAUACAAGAUUUAUAUAGCGACGUUGAUUUGUCUAGUUAGUCUGGGGGUGAUCAUCGUUGGGUUUGAUAUCAAGGAGAAGCGCGAGGACUCGGAGCAGGAGAAGGGGUUUCGACAGAAAUUUAUUAUAAACUGA